CUGUCGGCGGCGUCGCUCUCGUCGGUGCGGCUCCUCAUGGGCCUGCAGCUCUCAGUCCGCCUCGUUACCUUCACGCUCAACCAGGCUCUCCUCCGGAUGACCUCCCCUCGCGCAUUUGGCACUGCCGCAAUCCAUUUCGAAUUGCUGCUCAGCACCAUCCUCUUUCUCAGCCGUGAGGGCGUGCGGAAUACCCUGCUUCGCGUGUGGCCGUCUCCUACAAACGUGCCCAAGAGCAUGAGCAACCUCACGUAUUUGCCUAUGAUGAUCGGGGUACCUCUGGCUUUGACGACGUCGUUUCUGUACUGGCAGCAGUCUUCAUCUGGAACUCGGGAUCAGCCCCAUUUUGAGCUGUCCAUUAUCACCUACGCUCUCGCGGCUCUCAUCGAACUCAUGAGCGAGCCAAUGCAUAUAAGAGCCAUGGGAGAACUUCGCACAAACGUCCGUGUGCGAGCAGAGGCAGUCGGUGUCAUCGGAAAGGCUAUGACCACUUUCCUCCUUCUGUUCAUCGACUCCAAGAGGCAGUCUGACGAGGAGAAGCUCUCCCUUGUCGCGUUUGCCAUGGGACAGCUUAUGUAUGCGAUACUCGUCCUAAUCAUGUACCUAGUUGAAUACCCCAUGUCUCUAUCUGGGCCGAAGUCAAUGACAGCUCUAUUAUCCCCAAAGCAUAUUCGGUCUGCGUUCGACAAGAAGCUGCUGCGACUGUCACUGACCAUGACCUCACAAUCGGUGGUCAAGCACGUCUUGACAGAAGGCGACAAGCUCAUAGUGUCCAGGUUGAGUCCUCUUGAUGACCAAGGAGGAUACGCGGUGGCGGUUAACUAUGGAUCCCUCUUCGCUAGGAUCAUCUUCCAACCAAUUGAGGAGACCCUCCGUGUCUAUUUCUCCAAGCUCCUGCCGAACCUACCGAAUGCUUCGAAAGGGAGCGAUCUCCAAAGCCUCACGCAGGCUUCGAACACCCUCACCCUCUUACUCAACACCCAGCUUAGUUUCUCUGCAAUCUUACUGACUUUCGGGGUACCAUACCUGCCGGUCUUUCUACGCGUUCUGCUCCCUCCGCUUUACCUCGCCACCAGCGCUGCGCGCGUGCUCCAGGCGUGGCUAUGGUAUAUGCCUGUGCUAGCUGUCAAUGGAGGGCUAGAGGCCUUCGUUUCGAGCGUUGCUAACCCCGCGGACUUUAACAACCAGAGCAGGUGGAUGACCGCUUUCUCCGUCUUAUACGUCCUCUCCGCCCUAGGAUUUUAUUCUCUGGGCUUCCGCGACACAUUUUUGGUAUAUGCGAACAUCAUCAAUCUGCUCAGCCGCAUCGCGUAUUGCGCGUCAUUCAUCUCCGCCUAUUUCAGAUCUCACUCUUCCGCUGGCCUGCUUCGCUGGAAGUAUAUUGUGCCCGACUCGCGACUGCUAUUGACCCUGGCGCUCUCGGUCGCGGCGAUUAGAUGGCAUGCGCAACACAUCGGAGUGGAGCAGCAACUGGAAUCGGACGGCAAGAGCGUGCUCAUCAGAAAGGAUAUGAUGAUCCACGUAGGUCUAGGGAUUGGCCUCGGUCUCGUUUCGCUCUUCGUAUGGUGGUUCCGUAUUGGGCGACAGUUGCUCCGCUCUAGACAUGCAAAAUCGGAUUAAUACCUCCAGGCCCAGUGUUCAACUUCAUGUAAAAGUGAUGCUAAUCAUGCAGUCCGGAUCUCCUAC